AUCGCGCAUUGUCCAAAACUUGAGGGAGAAUGCAGCGAUUAUAAAGCAACGAACGGAUUCUGCGCUCUGCAGCUUUUGUUCACAACUUGUCCCACAACAGGUAACCUCACUAAGGAAAAGACUUUCGAAUCGGUUUCAUACAGCUUUUGUUGUAUCCUAGUCUACUUUUUACCCCCACGUUAUCAGCGUGCAACAUCCUGCAACUGCUAUUGCCCUGGCAACCAGCCCUCCUCUCCAUCAUUCUCUGGCGCUUCACCCCUCACCAUCAGAGGCAGGCUCCGAGGGAAGCCAAAAUCUGCCGCUUACGCUCGCCCUCCAAGUGGAAGUGGACCCUUUUGUUCACUGGCGUCAGUUCAAAUCUCUUUGCUUUUUUACUUAUCUCAGGUUCAUGUGUCGGAAGUGUUUUCUCUCAGCAUCAAAAUGCCCGUGAGACGCGGUCAUGUUGCGCUCCAGAACACUUACUUGGAUACUAUCAUCAGGAAAUUCGACGAGCAAAAUCGCAAGUUUAUUAUUGCCAAUGCCCAGAUGAAGAACUGUGGCAUCAUCUACUGCAAUGAAGGCUUCUGCCAGAUGUUUGGUUUUACCAGAGCAGAGAUCAUGCAGCAGCCCUGUACCUGCCAGUUCUUGGUGGGUCCUGGCACAAUGAAGAGUUCCCUGGCCCAGCUGGGACAGGCCCUGCUUGGGUCUGAGGAGCGCAAAGUGGAGAUCCUGUACUACUCUAAGGAAGGGACCUGCAGACCCUGCCUUGUGGGAAUCGUUCCAGUAAAAAAUGAAGAAGGCCUUGUGAUCAUGUUCAUCCUUGACUUCCAGGAGCUCAUCGAUCCCUCCCACAAGAAGACUGCUCUCAGACAGAGAAUCACCCAAGGAUGGGCCUAUUGCCAGAAUCGCAGGCUGAAGAUGAGGCUGCCGGUGCUGCGAUCCAUGCGACGACCUUCACUCUCAAAAGAUCAGUUUGAAGGAGUGGUAGUAGACUACCUGCAGCCAAACAGCGAGGAAGUCCCUCUGAAAGAGUUUCGGAUCCCAUCUAAGGAAAGCUGUAUGCAGUCUGAGACGGAGGCUCUGAUAGAACAGGACAUGGAUCCCCCAUCGCCGGCAGCUCAGCCCUCCACCAAACGACGCUCCCUUCUGACAGAUCGACUGGACCCCAUGCAUGCCUUCCCCCGAGGGACAUUACCUCGAAGUUGCUCGAGGGACAGUGUUCGGAGCCUCCGACGUGCCUCGUCACUGGAUGACAUCGACGGCAUGAGGGCAGAAUGGAACAGUCGGCCUGGAGACCCCCGGACUAACAGCAAUCUCAAGCCCAAUACUCUGAACUCCACUUCAGACUCAGACCUUAUGAGACAUCGAACCAUAGGCCGCAUCCCACAGGUUACCCUCACGUUCGGCUCUGACCGAAUGAGACCGCCUUCCCCAACUGAGAUUGAAAUCAUUGCACCCAGCAAGAUUAAAGACCGAACGCAGAACGUCACAGAGAAGGUCACUCAGGUCACACAGGUGUUAUCCCUCGGAGCUGACGUGCUGCCAGAGUACAAGCUCCAGGCCCCGCGCAUCCACAAAUGGACCAUCCUUCACUACAGCCCCUUCAAAGCAGUAUGGGACUGGGUCAUCCUGCUGCUGGUCAUCUACACGGCCAUCUUCACGCCAUAUUCUGCUGCCUUCCUUCUCAAUGAAGCGGAAGAAGAAACACAGAGAAGAAUCUGCGGCUACACCUGCAACCCACUCAAUGUGGUGGACCUUGUGGUGGACGUCAUGUUCAUCGUGGACAUCCUCAUCAACUUCAGAACCACCUAUGUGAACCAUAACGACGAGGUGGUCAGCCACCCGGGACGCAUCGCGCAGCACUACUUCAAGGGCUGGUUCCUGAUCGAUAUAGUUGCUGCCAUCCCCUUUGACCUGCUCAUAUUUCGCUCUGGGUCUGAGGAGCCUCAAACAACCACUCUUAUUGGACUACUGAAGACGGCCAGACUUCUGAGGCUGGUGCGAGUGGCCAGGAAGUUGGAUCGUUACUCAGAAUAUGGAGCUGCUGUUCUUUUCCUCCUUAUGUGCACCUUUGCCCUCAUUGCUCACUGGCUGGCCUGUAUCUGGUACGCCAUCGGUAAUGUGGAGCGUCAUGGCUCUGCCCGCAUCGGUGGCAUGAAGAUUGGUUGGCUGGACAAUUUGGCCGACCAGAUUGGGAAAUACUAUAAUGACAGUGACCCAGCCUCUGGCCCUUCAAUCAAAGACAAGUAUGUUACAGCCUUGUACUUCACCUUCAGCAGCCUGACUAGUGUGGGCUUUGGCAACGUCUCACCCAACACCAACCCAGAGAAGAUCUUCUCCAUCUGUGUCAUGCUAAUCGGCUCUUUGAUGUAUGCCAGUAUAUUCGGAAACGUAUCAGCCAUCAUUCAGAGACUUUACUCAGGCACGGCCCGCUACCACACCCAGAUGCUGCGGGUCAAGGAGUUCAUACGUUUCCAUCAGAUCCCAGGAGGUCUGAGACAAAGGCUGGAGGAGUACUUCCAACAUGCCUGGUCCUACACAAACGGCAUCGACAUGAAUGCUGUUUUAAAGGGUUUCCCUGAGUGUCUGCAAGCUGAUAUCUGCCUUCAUUUGAACCGCAGCUUGUUGCAGAACUGCAAAGCUUUUCGAGGUGCUAACAAAGGCUGCCUGCGGGCUCUGGCCAUGCGAUUUAAGACCACCCACGCUCCGCCGGGUGACACCCUAGUCCACAGUGGGGAUAUUCUCACUGCCCUAUACUUCAUUUCCAGGGGUUCUAUAGAGAUCCUCAGGGACGAUGUGGUGGUGGCCAUACUGGGAAAGAAUGACAUCUUUGGUGAACCCAUCAAUCUGUACGAGAGGUCAGGGAAAUCCAGCGCUGAUGUCAGGGCUUUGACAUACUGUGAUCUUCAUAAGAUCCUGAGGGACGACCUUCUGGAAGUGCUAGACAUGUAUCCUGAUUUUUCCAACAUGUUCUGGAACAAUUUGGAGAUCACCUUCAACUUGAGAGACGUAGAUAGAAUAAACCAGACAACCCCAGGCAGGGACUCUGAAUGUGGCUAUCGUCUGACGAGGCAUCGGAGAAGCUCACUGCGUCGGAGAAACAGGCCAGACGGGAUGGAUCGUGAAGACUCUUACCCAGAUCAGUCACGUUCGAUGUCAAACCACCACCGGGGAACAAUGGCAGGAUCUCAUUGGGAAGACCUCUGUAGCAGUGCUAGUAUAUGUUCACAGUCUAGUGAUGAGGAAAUGAAGCCCAUAGGACACAGCAAAGGGGAGUUGUACCCCCAUGCGGGUGAUACCAGAGACUAUCCAUCCGCAGUAGUCAACCUUCUGCCUCACAGUGGACCUUCAGCUGGACUCGGCCCGCCUGUAGACCUUGGAGGACCUCCAUACUCAGCAACCCCUAUCAACAUGCCAGGCCUGUAUAGCUACUGGCCAGACCGCAGAGCAAGUCAGUUUUCAGACAGCCAGAGGCGGCCAUCCUCAGUAAGGGCGAGUUUUCACCCUUCACCCUGUGCUGAAGAUCGGCCCAGUGAGCUAGAGUCUCGAUUGGAGCUGCUUCAGUCACAAUUAAACCGACUGGAGACCCGUAUGACUGCAGACAUUAAUGUGAUCCUGCAGCUCCUUCAGAGACAGAUGGCUCUGGUGCCUCCGGCCUACAGCGCUGUGUCCCCCAGCCCUCACCCACCUCAUCCCACCACACUGUACAGCACGGGCACACCCACAAUCCACACCGUCCCUCCAAAGCAGCCACCACAGAUCGACAGCACUGCCUCAUUACUCCAGAGUCCAGACUCUGACUGCAAGCACAAAUCCAAGGAUUCCCUGUCCAGCGGGAUCCAUCUAACUGUGGCAUCAGAUGACACCAUGUCCAUGUCACCAGAGGCAGACCGACCACAUCUACCCUCUGUCGACCUCACUCCUCCUCAGAUCUUCUGCUCUGGAGACCAAGAGCCUUCGGGACUUCUGUGCGGCAUCCAGCGCUUCCCCUCUCUCCCGGAGCACCUGGAGAUCUCCACAGAAAUGCAGGAGAUCCAGAGGCAUGUGUCUGAUCCUGUCCUGCCGGGCAGCUAGAAGAGCUAUCACUGACCCUCACACCCUACAGCCUGGUACUUUGGACAGUACAGCCAUAUUUUCCCCACAUCGGUACUUCCUUCCCAUUUAAACCUCCUCUCCUGUUCAGAUGCUGCUGUGGAGCGUGGGAUGCCUUGCCUUUCACAUCACAGAGGGUACACAGUGUCUCGAGUUUCUCAAGCACAGACCGAACAAUGCCCUCAAGGCUGCUGUAGUUUUGUGCUCCAGCAUCCCAUCACUCCCAAAGUCCUGUGCAAUAAAGAGCAGGAUGGUGCACUGACAUCUACAGGACAUGCCAAGCAGUCACUGGAUCUCAAAGCUACACCAACCGCUCCUACAUGGAGGCGUCCUUGAAGAGAAGUGAAAUGACAAGAAAGAAUUAAGAGGUUUCACGUUUGAAGAAUUAUCUGCAGUCACUUUGUGUAAGAAUUGCACAUUUAGAUUUGAACAUAGAAAACUAUAAUCAGCUAUUUGGAAAUGAAAUUAUUUUCAUAUUGCAAAUAUUUAUAGGUACAUUCAGGACCAUGCACUUAGUAAAUGUAACAACUGUGAGUGGUUUAGGUUCAGUGUUUUGUCGUUGUUGUGUAUGUUUAAAAAUAUCAAAAAGUCGUACAAUAACUGUCUCACACACCGUGAAGGAUGACGAUUUAUGGCAGACGUAGGAGAAAGCGUCGUUUUCAUCUCAUAUUUCCUGUUGCAGCAUUUUGAUGUGAAUGAAAACGUGUCAAGCGUGUCAUGAGAAAAUAUUAGAAUAUACACAAUGAAGCAGCACAGAACAAAACAAAAAACGCCAACGUUUCAUGUACAUUUAAAUAUAGCUCUUACAGUUUUGUUUUUGGUCACGAAUGCUUUGAUUGCUCCCGUUUCUGUGUUUGUUUAUCCGCUCACCUCAGACGUGUGUCGACUAUUUCUCAAAGCAGCGUGGUCACACGGUGUCGUAACGCUCCUGAUGUGUUUAUCUGAAAGUGCCAACAAUGAAGGACUUGUUCUCUCAGUUAUUUUGACUCGCAGUGGACAAACCGCACCCUGGACGCACGUAAAGGGAAAUCAGCUUAGUGGCAAUUGAAGUGGAUGGUAACUGUCAAUCGCAUACAGGCGCAGAGACGACGUCUAAAUGUGCGCCGAGAUGAUCUCUCAGUUUCAGCCACGGGGUGAAUGUAAUGACCUAUUAAGCAUUUAUAAUUCUGUGAAAGGCUUCUUCAAGCACAGAUUCCUGUUAUUUGUCUUUUUUAGAUUAAAGACACACUGCAAAGUUA